AUGACGACAUCAAAUAUCGAAGUGCAAGAAUUACUUAUUUAUCCAAUAAAAUCUUGUGAUGCUAUUAAAGUUAAUGAAGCACAAACAACUCGUUAUGGACUUUCACUUCCAUCAAAGCCUUUACUCUCAGAUCGACGAUGGAUGGUUAUAGAAGAAGCUAGACAACGUGAUCAACGACAUAUGUCGCGAAUGGCAUUAAUUCAACCAACAUUUACUUCAUCAGGUUUGCAAGUCAAUGCACCAGCAAUGCCAUCAUUAAUGAUUCCUUAUAAUCCAUUACCAAAAGAUAUCAUAGAAAUAGAAGAUCUUAAUGUUAAAGGUCGAAGAUAUGGUGGUAAAAUUGCAGAAUGGUUUUUGACAUUUUUAGGAAAACCUGGUUUAGAUUUAAUUUAUUUUGAUGAACAAUUUGAACCACAACGUACAAAAAAUAUUCAACGAGAAUUUCCAAAUGAAGCACUUGAUUCAGACGUUGUAGCAUAUCAAGAUAUGAAAAUAUAUAAUUUUCGACCAAAUAUAAUUGUUAGUGGUGUUGAUAAACCAUCUGGAGAAGAUUACUGGCGAGAAAUACAAAUUGGUGAUCAAGUUAAACUUCGCUGGUUUCGAUCAUGUUUGCGAUGUUUAUUACCAACUGUAAAUCAAGAAACAGGUGUUCAUGAUGAAAAGCAAGAAUUAUGGAAAACACUUCAAACAUAUCGACGUAAACCAGAUUUGUAUGGAGUUAAAGCACAAUUUGGAAUAUAUCUUGCAACUAAUGAAAAUGGUAUAAUUCGUGUUGGUGAUCGUAUUCGUAUUUUACGAGAAGAUAAAAACUUUUAG